AUGGAGGGUUUCCUCUUUGUCUGGUGCGCUACGAAAGUUGAAAUCAAAUUUGUCAGUUAUAUAAACCCAACAAGUGAAGACUACAAUGGUGGAUGUUGCGAUGGUGUGUUUGGGAACUGUGGUAAUAAAUGCGAUAAUCGCUUCUACUUCUGCCUUGAUACGCCUGGAAGUUCGUCAGAUUUUGACCAAUGUCCCUUAGGUAGCAUUAAUAUGGGUGAGGUUUACGCGAACAAUGACGAUUUUACAUUUCCUGUGGGCGCCGGGGCAGCCGGAGGAAUAGACAAUCCAUAUAUUUUCACUAUGACGACGUUUACGAAUGGAAUUCGUAUCAAAGGAAUUGUGCACGACAACGACGGUGGUAAUGGAGAUGACCAGAUAGAUCAAUACAAACACAAUAUAUACUUUACGCCUGCUCGUACGUCAUCACAAUCAACCUGGGCAUCCGUAACAAUCACAGGAAGACGGUCGAGCCUAGACAUCCAGGUCAGAGGCUACUGUACUACCUAUUACUAUGGAAGUACGUGCAGCGUCUUUUGUCGAGCUCGUGACGACACUACCGGUCAUUAUUCCUGCAGCAGUUCUGGGGGAAAGAUAUGUCUGUCAGGUUGGCAGGGAACCAGUUGUAAUCAAGACGUGAAUGAGUGUCUAUCCUCCCCCUGUGUUAACGGAGCUACGUGUGCUAAUGGACUCAAUAGGUUUACUUGUACUUGUGCUCUAGGUUUUUAUGGAACAACCUGCGCUUCAGAGUUGAAUGAAUGCUCAAGUAAUCCUUGUCAAAAUGGUGGCACAUGUCAGGACGUCAUUAACGGAUACACAUGCUCAUGUACACUUGACUGGUCAGGUAAUAGAUGUCAGACAAACAUAGAUGAAUGUUCCAGUACUCCAUGUCUGAACUCUGCGACAUGUAAUGACCUAAUCGGAGGGUUUCAACCAAGUUAA